UAUCUACUUAAAAGCCUCAUGAGAUCAUGUUCUUAAUUUAGCAUUUUAUCUUAAAGAAGAUGAUAAAAAUGUAACACUGUCAAAAGAACAAAGAAAAUACAUUUCUGUUGAAAUGUAACUCAUAUUACUUUAGAGAGUCUUGAUAGAUUGUCUCUCAUUAAGCUGAAAUAUUUAUAUUACAUGUGCUGUGGCUUGGCAUUAAAAAAAAGAACCAAUAAAAUGGUCAAAUUCUUGUACCAUAGCAAAGGUCAACAUAGGGAUUGGUCUUUCCUAGUUUCUGGUUUUUUCUCUCUUCCUAAAUCUGAUUUAACUAAGGAAAAAAAAUCCUUGAAACAAUUUUUAAUUGGAAUGCUGAUUUUAGACAGAUUUUAGUGAGGAUAUUUUAAAGGCAGAACUCUGUAUCUCCUUUAGUUUGAGGCUGCCGUCAUCAUGUCUUUGCACAGAGAUAGUACAGGGUAUCGGUAUCUGUCUCUGUCUCUCUCCCUCUUCCAUGCUAUAUUUAUAGCAUCCCCCUGGCCAUAAAAGGUCUGGACUGGGGCUCUGACAUUCCACUGACUGCAGGCAUUAUUUUUGUUCUGGACCUUGAAGUCCAGUUCUUACCCCUCGCCCUAACUACCUCUUUCUUUGCUGGCUUCAUUGUUGCUGUAUUUUUGUGCUAUUCAUCCACGUGGGAGCUCUUCCAUUUGCUGCCAUUCAUUUGGAUCCUGACAUUAUCCUGUUUUUAUUUACACUCAGAAAAGUGCAGUGGAACCCAAAAUUCGAAGGCACCCAUGAUGUCUUUACCGUUCUACCAAAGACACCACGAGCACUAUGACCGUGCGUACCGCCACAAAGCGCUGUCAUCCACUGUGAGCCAGUACCAAAAGGAGACAAAGAGCAAAUCUGCCCUCUAUGCUCAAGGAUCUGCAGCUUACUCCAGGGGCUCCGCAGCCUAUCGCCACUCGUCUGCAGCAGGCUUCAGCCUUGACUCCUCAGCAGCUUACAGCUAUGGCUCUUCAGCCUACGACCUCGAGUCGGCAGCCUACAGCCAGGGAUCCGCAGCCUACGACCGCUCUGCCGCGCAAAGCAAGAGGUCUGCUGCCUACAGCCUUGACUCUGAGUCACUCAGCACCAGCUCAGCUGCCUACAGCCAUGCAUCUGAGUCCAUCAACAAGCUGGCUGCAGCCUACAGGCUGGGAUCUGAAGCCUACAGCUUUGGACUGAAAAAUUCCAACUUAAUGAUAGAAGAUCAGUCCUAUAAGAUGAGUCCCAAAGCAAAGAGAGCAAAACAGAGUUUGAUAUCAGAGGACAAAGAAAACGAAGCCUUAGACUACUCAGUGCCCAUAUUCACAGGACGACAAGUGAAUAUCAGUGGUAUCACAGACACUGAGGAAGAGAGAAUUAAAGAAAGUGCUGCAUAUGUUGCCAAGAGGAACCUUUUUGCCACAGGGGAAGGAGUUAGUGUCAGCAAGGUGGCCAAGACAACUUCUGAAGAGGAACAUCACGAAAAAAAAUCAAGGAAAGUGGCGAUUCGGGAGUCUGCUGAACGUGUAGCCAUGAAGAAAACGCUAGAAGAGACUCAGGCAUUCCACAGAAAGUUGAACCAAGAUAAUCUCUUGCAUGCUCCUGAGUUUAUCAUUGAGCCUCGUUCCCACACUAUCUGGGAAAAGGAAAAUGUCAGAUUUAAUUGUUCUGUGGCUGGCUGGCCAGAACCCCAUGUUACAUGGUACAAGAAUAAUGUGCCCAUAGACGUGCAGGCUCACCCUGGCAAGUAUAUCAUUCAAAGUCGCUAUGGUUUGCACUCCCUGGAGAUUACUGAAUGUGAAUUUGAUGACACUGCCCAGUAUCAUGCCUCUGCUAUGAAUGUUAAAGGAGAAGUUUCGGUUUAUGCUUCCCUCGUGGUAAAGAGGUACAAAGGAGAAAUUGACGCAAGUCUUUUGCACGCUAGAAAUCUUUCCCUCUCUCCAUUUGCCGUUACCCCUCAUGGCUAUGCUUCCAGGUUUGAAAUCAGCUUUGUCGACAAGUUUGAUGUAGCCUUUGGGAGAGAAGGUGAAACAAUGAGUCUGGGCUGCACAGUUGUCAUCAAUCCUGAUAUCAAGCGCUUCAAACCAGACAUUGAGUGGUACAGAAAUGGUGUUCCUAUUACACCAUCCAAAUGGGUCCAGAUGCAGUGGAGUGGGGAGCGAGCUUCUUUGACACUGACUCAUGCAAACAAGGAAGAUGAAGGUCUUUACACGCUCCGAGUGGCGAUGGGAGAGUACUAUGAAGAGUACAGUGGUUAUGUCUUUGUUCGAGAUGCUGAUGCUGAAAUCCCUGGAGCCCCUGGUGCACCACUAGAUGUGCAGUGCUUAGAUGCCAACAAAGAUUAUGUCAUUGUCUCUUGGAAGCAACCCGCUGUCGAUGGAGGAAACCCCAUCCUUGGAUAUUUCAUUGACAGGUGUGAGGUUGGCACCUCCCACUGGACCCAGUGCAAUGAGAAUCCUGUGAAGUUUGCUCGUUUUCCUGUCACUGGUCUGAUUGAAGGCCGUUCCUAUAUUUUCCGAGUCCGAGCUGUGAACAAGGCUGGUGUCAGCUUGCCCUCCCGGGUGUCAGAGCCUGUGGCUGCUCUGGAUCCUGCAGACAGAGCCAGGCUUAAAAGUCACCCUUCUGCUCCUUGGACUGGACAGAUUAUUGUGACUGAGGAAGAACCUGCAGAGGGUGUUGUUCCUGGUCCCCCCACAGACCUCCAAGUUAUUGAGGCCACCAAGAACUACGUUGUGCUUAGCUGGAAACCUCCUGGACAGCGGGGCCAUGAGGGUAUCAUGUACUUUGUGGAAAAGUGUGUUGCUGGCACAGAGGACUGGCAAAGGGUGAACACUGAGAUCCCUGUGAAGUCCCCUCGCUUUGCAGUUUUUGAUUUGUCUGAAGGCAAAUCCUACUGCUUCCGAGUGCGCUGUUGCAAUUCAGCUGGAAUUGGUGAACCCUCAGAAGCAACUGAAGCCACUGUAGUUGAUGACAAACUCGAUAUUCCCAAAGCUCCUGGCCAAAUUAUGCCAACUAGGAAUACAGAUACUUCAGUUGUUGUCACUUGGACAGAGCCCCCAGAUGCCAAGGAGCUGGUUGGGUACUACAUUGAGUCAAGUGUGGAAGGAUCUGGUCGUUGGGAACCAUGUAACAACAAUCCAGUGAAAGGCACAAGAUUCGUUUGCCAUGGGCUCAGCACUGGUGAGAAGUACAUUUUCAGAGUCAGAGCUGUUAAUGCAGCAGGACUCAGUGAAUUUUCACAGGAAUCAGAGCCUAUAGAGGUGAAAGCAGCCAUUGGGGGAGGAUUGCUUCUUGGUGUGUGUCCUGAACUGAGUGGUAAAGCUGCUGGACUAACAGACCGCACUACCAGCUGGGAAGGCAUGCAUGUGGCCUCCCAGCCUAUCUUUGACACAGAUGCUUUGCUAAAAUGCAAUGCUAAAUUUAAUAGAGAGACACUGCCCAGUAGCUGUGGCAAACUGGGGAGUACAGGAGACAGUAACACGAGAGGAGUGGUUAAGGACGCUGUCACAUCUGCACCACAAAAAGUUGCUGCUAAGCAGGCAAGUAAGUCUCGACCCGGGGAUCUUUUGGCAGUGGAAAAAGUUACAAAGAAGAAAGAUACAGCUGCUCCAUCCCCACCUUACGACAUCGUGGUGCUCGAGAGUGUUCGUGACUCCAUGGUGCUGGGAUGGAAACAACCUGAAGCCAUUGGUGGGACUGAAAUCACCGGCUACUACGUGAACUAUAGGGAGGUGGUUGAUGGAGUUCCUGGGAAAUGGAAGGAGGCCAACAUUAAGGCUGUUUCUGAGAGGGCAUACAGGAUCCAAAACCUGAAGGAAAACAUGGUGUACCAGUUCCAGGUGGCUGCUGCUAACCUGGCGGGGGUUGGGGCACCCUCCAAACCCAGCAAGUCCUUCAAAUGCGAGGAGUGGACCAUUGCUGUGCCUGGGCCACCCCAUGAUGUCAAAUGCACAGAAGUCAGGAAAGACUCUCUGGUUUUACUGUGGAAGGAACCAGUUUAUUCUGGUCGUAGUCCCAUAGUUGGUUAUUAUGUUGAUAUGAAGGAAACUGAAGCAAAGGAGGAACGCUGGAGAAGUGUCAAUGAGAAGCCCCUUCAAAAGAAAUACUUGAAGAUUGGUGGCCUGACACAAGGUGUGAGCUACGUGUUUCGUGUGCGGGCAACAAACCAGGCUGGCGUUGGGAAGCCGUCAGAUGUCACAGAUGCUGUCAUGGCAGAAACACGACCAGGAACCAAGGAAGUGGUGGUUGAUGUAGAUGACAAUGGAGUAAUUUCCUUGAACUUUGAAUGUGAUCAGAUGUCUCCAGACUCUAAGUUCAUUUGGUCCAAGAAUUAUGAACCAAUUGAGGAUGAUCCUCGACUGAACAUCGAUACCAAAGGCGGAAAGUCAAAACUUUCCUUUAAGAAUCUUGGAGAAGAUGAUUUGGGAAUUUACUCUUGUAUUGUCACAGACACUGAUGGAGUUUCAUCAAGCUACACAAUUGAUGAGGAAGAAAUGAAACGCCUGCUUGCUCUGAGCCAUGAACGCCAAUUCCCAACUGUCCCACUUAUCUCUGAGUUGGCAGUGGAAAUCUUGGAAAAAGGAGAAGUGAGAUUCUGGUUGCAAGCUGAAAAACUCUCUGGCAAUGCAAAGGCCAAUUUUGUAUUUAAUGAUAAGGAGAUUUUCAAUGGAGAGAAAUAUAAAAUGAAGGUGGACAAGAAUACUGGCCUUGUUGAAAUGAUUAUGGAUAAACUUGAGGAAAAGGAUGAAGGCACUUACACGUUCCAGCUGCAGGAUGGAAAAGCAACCAAUCAAUCUAGUCUGGUCCUCAUUGGUGAUGUAUUCAAGAAGCUACAGGAUGAAGCAGAUUUCCAGAGAAAAGAGUGGCAAAGGAAACAAGGUCCUCAUUUCGUGGAUAAACUGGGAUGGGAAGUUACUGAUGAGUGUAAUGUGAUGUUGAAAUGUAAGGUGGCUAAUAUUAAGAAGGAAACACACAUUGUGUGGUACAAAGAUGACAGGGAGAUAAUGGUAGAUGAAGAACAUGACUUUAAGGAUGGUGUGUGUACUCUGCUGAUAUCAGAGUUUUCCAAAAAAGAUGCUGGCACAUAUGAAGUCAUACUGAAGGACGACAGAGGAAAGGACUCCAGUGAGCUGAAGCUCAAGGACACAGCUUUUGCAGAUCUGAUGAAUGAAGUAUGCAGAAGGAUUGCUUUAUCUGCAACAGACCUGAAAAUCCAGAGCACAGCUGAGGGUAUCAGACUGUACUCCUAUGUUACUUAUUAUGUAGAAGAUUUGAGAGUAGGCUGGGUGCACAAUGAUACCCAGAUUAAGUUCACGGACCGGAUGAGGACUGGUGUCACCGGGGAGCAGAUCUGGUUGCAGAUCAAUGAGCCGACUCCACAGGACAAAGGCAGAUACACAAUGGAACUCUUUGAUGGCAACACAACGCACAAAAAGACAGUGGAUCUUUCUGGACAAGCCUUUGAUGAAGCCUUUGCUGAGUUCGAGAGACUAAAGCAAGCUGCAAUUGCAGAGAAAAAUCGUGCGCGGGUACUUGGAGGCUUGCCCGAUGUUGUCACCAUCCAGGAGGGCAAGGCACUUAAUCUUUCUUGCACUGUCUGGGGAGAUCCCACCCCAGAGGUCUCAUGGCUGAAGAAUGAAAAAUCAUUUGUAUCUGAUGCCAAUUGCAUCCUGAAGUUUGAAUCUGGAAAAAAUGUCAGCUUUUCCAUUUCUACUGUGUCCACACAAGACUCUGGGAAAUACAGCAUUGUGGUGAAGAACAAGUAUGGUACAGAGACCAGCGAUGUCACUGUGAUUGUGAUGCCUGUGUCAGGGCAGAUUGACACAGUCCAAGGACACAAUCAAAAUAAUAAAACUGUAUCUAAAAAGAAAAAAGCAAUGUCAGCAAGCAAACAGAAGGAAGGGGGAAAGAAAGAUUUUAUUAAGCCAUACAUAGAAGAAAUUACUGCUACAGAAGAGACACCUGAUCCAAAUGAAAUACCCCCUGUGGAAACAGAAAAGGAUACAAAAAGCAAGCAGCAAGCAGCAAAGAAGACUGCUGGAAAGGCAGGAGUAACAGAAAAGGUUCCUCAACCCACAGAAAGUUUGGAUAGGCAGGGAAAGAAAACACCAGAAAAAGCAGCCUUGGGUAAACCCCACUGAACUUCAAUGAAGAAUGUGAUCCUGUCACCAACAGGAUAAGUUCAACUUGAGAUUUCAUGAGUGGUAUCUUAACCAUAUUUUAGCACAGAAGUUUAUUAAUAUGUUUUUUUGUGUAACAUUUGUAAUAUUUCCUAACUCUAAAUUUAAAUGCAUAGUAGAUGGGCACUUAUGUUUCAGUACCACAUAACUGCACUGCAGGAAUUUCUAAGUAUCUGAAUAAUGAUACAUGUACUGUCAAUGUGAAUUUAAUUACUAAAAAAUGUCCAUUAUAAGCAGAGUUCCUUAGAGAAAACCCUGUCUAGAACUGACACAUUUACUACAGUGUAAAGGAAUACUGGUAUCACUUACACAGAUGUGUUAAUCAAUAUUUAUGGACCAUCACAGCUUGAGGCAGAUGCUGCUUACUUUUUCAAGGAAAUGACAUACACAGUCUUUCAAGGAAAUGACAUACACAUGCCAUGUGGGCUCUGCUUUUCCCCAUGACCAGUCUGGCCACAGUGGAAGAUCUCCAGAAACAAAACCAUCUCCUAUGGAUGCAGGGGGGCAUAAGUAAUUUUCUUUUGAUCCAAGUUUCAUGCAAAUCUUUUUCAUCAGGUGGACCAGGACCACAUCUGGCCAUUUUUUUAUCACCAAGACUCACAUGACAGCUUUCCAGUCCUCUCCAUUAAUUCCCUUAAAGCCUUCAUGAGUUACUGUGGAUAAACCAUUAACCCAUUAAGUAUCAGCUGCCCCCCAAAUGCUAAUUUUCCUCCACAAUUUUUGCCACAGCACUCAGAUUUCUGAUAAACCCACUCCUCUUCCUCAGCAGCUCAGCCCAAGACUAUCCCUUCAUCCACUCACCAUCAUCAUAUCCACUGGUUUCUUAUAAGAGAAUGCAGCUUCAUGGUCAUGUAAGUAAGGAAUUAAUGCAAAGCAAGAA